UCCAAAAGACCUGAAGCAGAGAAGAUUGUGACCAUUGUUUUUGAUGAUGGGUUCAAUAAAAGUGGAGAGGAGUUGACUGCGGUAAGUAACAAACACAAAAGUAAAGUUUAUACAAUCUUGUCUAUUUGCUGAUUUUAUUUUUUAGGGGUUGAUUUUGUAUUAAUUUAAAAUUUGUUUUAAUUUUUUUAGGUGACAGAACCUUUGGUGAGGGUUCUUCGUAUGGUGGAUGGAGAGGGCAUGCCAAUGGGUUUCAUUUAUGAGGCCAUGGAUAGGGCCAAAGAGGCCAUUUCACAUUACUAUCGUGGAAAUGCAAGAAAAUGUGAAAUCUUUUGGCGCAUCAUUGAUCGUAGGUGGACAAACCAACUCCACCAACCGAUACAUGCCUUCGCCUACUUUUUGAACCCGAAAUUCUACUUCUCUGAUUCAUUUAGGGCUGAUGAGGAGGUCAUGGCAGGUGUUAUUACAUGCAUUGAUAAGAUGACACCUGAUCCUGAGUUGAGAGACAAGGUUCUUGAUGAGUUGGAGAUCUACAAAAGUGCAGAGGGGAGACUCUUCUCAUCACAACUAGCAAUUGAUAGGAGAGGAAAACAACAACCAGAUUUAUGGUGGGAGAAUUAUGGUGCCGGCACGCCUAAUCUUCAAAAGAUAGCUAUCCGUGUUUUGUCUCAGCCAUGCAGUGCUUCUGGGUGUGAACGAAAUUGGAGUGUCUUUGAAAGCAUUCACACAAAGAAGAGAAAUAGAUUGUCACAAAAGCGGCUCAAUGAUCUAGUAUUUGUUCGGUACAACCUUCGCCUUCGAGUUAGACAGGUGGAGGGUGUUUCACAUGAGGCCAUUGACUUGGAUGAAAUUGAUCCAUAUGGUGAUUGGACCAUGAAUGAACAAAAUGAUGGUGAUGAUGUCCUCCUUACCGAAGAAGAAAUUGCAGAAAUAGAGAGAGGAGCAGCACAAGAUGCAGAAGGAGCAAGAUUGGAUGAAGAUGAGGACGAAGAUGAGGAUGAUGAUGAGGACUAUGACUUUGAAGAAGAAUCAUCUCACCAUUUAGAUACCACAACACCCACUGCUACUACUUCUAGCUCAAGGCCUGAAAAAUUGAGCUAUAUUAGGAAAAAUACAAAGAGGAAGAUGUAGUCUUCUCUUUGGUUUGUUCAUUCACAUUGCUGUUUUUCACAUUUGCAGUUGGACUUGGACAUAUCAUUAUAUGUAAUUUUGUGAACAUUUAUAUACUUAUGCUGCCAUUAUAGUAUUAUACAUUUUAGAGUUGAAACUUGAAACUUGAAUAUGCUGCCAUGAAUGAUGAAAUUUCAAAUA